CGUUUCAAAUGCUUUAUCUGUUAGGCCCAAGAUAUUAAUAAUAUAGCUUUUUUUCUCAACUGAAUUUUUUAUUUUGAACUUGUAUUAUUUCUUUAGUACACUGUAUAUGUUUAGUACAGAGAGAAAAUGCAGACAAGCAAAAACAAAACAAAUAUAACCACCUAGAGAAAAUGUUAUCUUCACAAUUUUUUUUGUAGGCGUGAACACAGAACAAAUUGAGUCAUACUGUAGGUAAUCAGAUUUUCCACUUGACACCAUCACAUGAACAUCUUUCCAUUUCAAUAAAUAUCUACAUUAUUCUUCAAGUCUUCCCAGUAAGACUCACACAUGAUUUGUUGAAGUAACCCCAUUAGGAAUACACAAAACUGGACUCAGUUCUUAACUGUAGACAUAUUGCUUUGUUAAAGACUUGAUUUAUGCAAGGUGGGUGAGCUCUGACCCAAAGGGACUGUAGUACUUUUCCCUACAAACAUCCCACUUCCUGGCUACUCAGACUCGUCACAAAGCCUGUGCAAGUAAGCUAUUGGCGGGGCUCCUGGGCCCAGGAAUGCUGCUGCCGCAGUUAAUAGCUGUGUGAACAGUCCAUCUAUGGGCAACAGGCAGCCCGCCUGGGUACCUGACUGUUUUCUUACUCAGGCCUGUGCUUCCCAUGCUGAAAUUUAGACCAGAUAUUCUCAUGGCAGGAUGAUGAGAUUUCAGGGACAAGAGAAAGCCUACAGUUCUCAUUUCAGAGAUGCAAUAAAAACAAGAUGCCUUCUGCAAAGGCUGUGCAGACUUAGCUGGAACCGAGAAAUGACAGCCACGCCCCUGCCCUGGGCUCGGGCUGGGACACUCCUGGGGCUGGAGGGUUCAUCAGGAGUGUCUGUGAGGCCUACCCGCAUGGGGGUGGGGAACUAUUAAAUAACAAAACCCCAGGUUUCAUCUGCAAAAGUAGGGCUGGAGGCAAAACAAGGGUCUUUUCUAAAACUGAACAAAGCGAACACUAAAGGAAAAAAUGGGUUUCCAAGUGAGGUUUUUUUUUCCAUAUGGUUUUGUUGAAAAUGCAGUCAUGGUAUUGUAUCUAUUAGAACCAAAAUAAGACAGAUUCCUUUCUUGACUGCCACCCCACAAGUGACUGACAUUUCUGAACGGCCACAUUUCCUGGUUUUUAAGGCAGUCCCCUGUCUGACCUUGAGCUGAACGCACUGUCCCGACCCCUAGUAUCCCCUCUCGUGGAACAGGAAAGAAACUGCUUUUUCCCAAAAUAACUUUCUGGUGCUUUAAGUUUUUUGUUCAGUUUAAUAGUACAUUUGUACUUCUUAGGAAUUUCUCUUAUCCUCAGCUUUCUCCUUUCACAGUUCCAUCUCCAGGAGUGGAGGAGGCAAAGAGAGGUGGCGGUGGCCGUGUGACCAACCCCAGAGCAGGCCUGCCCCCUUCGGAGGGCAGCUCUGGAGCCUGAAAGAGUCCCUAUGAAUCGGAAACUGCAAUUACGCCUUGUUAUGCUGACGAAAGUUAAUGACCGAGUUAGUCAAGUUUGAAACUCCUGCAGGAACACAGUGGAGCCGAUUCCUGGCAUCUGGCCCCGUGUCACUUACAAAUGCGCCAAGAAAAAACGUCACCUCAAAACCUUAUACUUGUUCAUGCUUUGGUCCUGAAUGGUGAAAAUCCUGUUGUUUGAAAUUUUUUCCGUGAAAGGGUUAACUAGCAACCCAUGGAACUAGUGGCAUUGAAAAAAAAGCCAUUGUACCGAGCUGCCCUAGAGCUCGGGGGCGGACGCAGUUGGGAGGUCUGGCGCGAAAGGAUAGCUUCGGUUUCGGGCGCCGCGCUCGCCCCCACUGAACACGGUUUUGUUCAGCAACCGGGCCGGGCUGGCUCGUGCGUAGGCCCUGGAGGGCCCCCAUUCCGGAGCGCGGCGCUGCAAACCCUCAUUGAGAACAUUUGUCACCCGCCGUCCCGGGCCCGAGCGUCGGCAGGAGGCUGAUGGAAGCCCGGGAAGGGCAGAGAGAGGGAGCAGGCGCGGGCGGCGGUGACUCAGCCGGGAGCGCGGGGGCGGGCGCGCGCGAGGGAGGCUGAGCCAGCUCGGUUCGCCCGGUGGCCGCGCCAGGCGCGGAGAGGUUAAGUGGGUGGUGCCGCCGGCGCCCCGCCCACGCCUGGGCUGGCCCCCAGAGGCCGAGGCGCCCGGCCGUAUUUAUAGAGGCGGCGGCGGGCGCGCCGUGUCUUUCCCGCUGGCCCCGGCCGCGGCCUCGUGGAGCAGCGCGGUACCCCUCCCCUGCGUCCCGCAGCGAAGGCGCCAUGGAGCGGCCGGCGCCCUUGGCCGUCCUCCCUUUCUCGGACCCUGCGCACGCGCUGAGCCUGCUGCGCGGCCUGAGCCAGCUCCGUGCGGAGCGCAAAUUCCUGGACGUAACCCUGGAGGCGGCGGGCGGGCGCGACUUCCCGGCGCACCGCGCCGUGCUGGCAGCCGCCAGCCCCUACUUCCGCGCCAUGUUCGCCGGGCAGCUGCGCGAGAGCCGCGCAGAGCGGGUGCGCCUGCACGGCGUGCCGCCCGACAUGCUGCAGCUGCUGCUCGACUUCAGCUACACUGGCCGCGUGGCCGUGAGCGGCGACAACGCCGAGCCGCUUCUGCGCGCCGCAGACCUGCUGCAGUUCCCGGCCGUGAAGGAGGCAUGCGGCGCCUUCCUGCAACAGCAGCUCGACCUGGCCAACUGCCUGGACAUGCAGGACUUCGCCGAGGCCUUCAGCUGCGCGGGUCUGGCGAACGCGGCGCAGCGCUUUAUUCUGCGCCACGUGGGCGAGCUGGGCGCGGAGCAGCUGGAACGGCUGCCGCUGGCGCGCCUGCUGCGCUACCUGCGCGACGACGGGCUGUGCGUGCCCAAGGAAGAGGCCGCCUACCAGCUGGCGCUGCGCUGGGUGCGCGCCGACCCGCCGCGUCGCGCCGCGCACUGGCCGCAGCUGCUGGAGGCUGUGCGCCUGCCCUUCGUGCGCCGCUUCUACCUGCUGGCUCACGUCGAGGCCGAGCCACUGGUGGCGCGCUGCCCGCCCUGCUUGCGCCUGCUGCGCGAGGCACGCGACUUCCAAGCGGCGCGCUAUGACCGCCACGACCGCGGCCCCUGCCCUCGCAUGCGCCCACGCCCCUCCACUGGCCUCGCGGAGAUCCUCGUGCUCGUGGGUGGCUGCGACCAGGACUGCGACGAGCUGGUCACAGUCGACUGCUACAACCCGCAGACGGGCCAGUGGCGCUACCUGGCCGAGUUCCCCGACCACCUGGGUGGGGGCUACAGCAUCGUGGCGCUGGGCAACGACAUCUACGUGACAGGUGGGUCCGAUGGCUCCCGGCUCUACGACUGUGUGUGGAGGUACAACUCGAGCGUGAACGAGUGGACGGAGGUGGCUCCCAUGUUGAAGGCCCGCGAGUACCACAGCUCCUCUGUGCUGGACGGGCUGUUGUACGUGGUAGCCUCAGACAGCACGGAGCGCUAUGACCACACCACCGACUCCUGGGAGGCCCUCCAGCCCAUGACCUACCCCAUGGACAAUUGCUCCACCACAGCCUGCCGUGGCCAGCUCUAUGCCGUCGGCUCGCUGGCUGGCAAGGAGACCAUGGUGAUGCAGUGCUACCACCCGGACACGGACCUGUGGUCGCUGGUGGACUGUGGCCAGCUCCCGCCCUGGUCCUUUGCCCCCAAGACAGUGACUCUGAAUGGACUCAUGUAUUUCAUCAGGGACGACUCUGCCGAGGUGGAUGUGUACAACCCUGCAAAAAACGAGUGGGACAAGAUCCCAUCCAUGAACCAGGUGCACGUGGGGGGCAGCCUGGCCGUCCUCGGAGGGAAGCUGUAUGUGUCGGGGGGCUAUGACAAUACGUUUGAACUCUCGGACGUGGUGGAGGCCUACGACCCUGAGACUCGGGCAUGGAGCGUGGUGGGACGGCUCCCGGAGCCCACCUUCUGGCAUGGCAGCGUCAGCAUCUUCCGCCAGUUCAUGCCCCAGACGCUCUCGGGUGGGCAUGGCUUUGAGCUGGACAGUGGCAGCAGUGACAUGGAUGUGGGCCGGCCCCGGCCACCGCAGAACCCUCACGAGCUGCACUAGCCCAGGCCUGGCCCAGGGAGGGCCUCGGUGCAGGUAACCCAGCACCUCUGAGGGGCAGCCACCCCUCCUUCGUGCACGAGGACAGGUUGGGCUCGCCUGGCAGAGCACAGACUCGGGCUGCUGAGCAAGCGUCGGGGUCUGACGCCUGCGGAGUCCUGUGCAUCCAGAGCCUGAGUUACAGCUGCUGGGGCCAAAGCCAGCUGUGAGCGCCCCUCCCUUGGUCCAGGAAGGGUUUCCUCCCCGCCGGCACGUCUCUGGCUCCCAGCAGGUCACCCCAGCCUGUGGCGCCCCCACCUCACCAAUGCAGCACACACCCCACCUGCUGCCACCACCUGGAGGAGAGGAGGGCCACUUCUGUGGUGUGAUUGGGGUCGAGGAAGUCCUCCUCCCAUGGAAGUCUGAGAAUGACCCGGCUGUACUGGAACACUGGGAAUCAGGCGGAAGAUGGCUGCAGUAGGGUCCCAAACUCUGUCCAGUCUGGACGUCCCACCUGGCCAGCUCCCCAGAGGAAGGGGGUCUCACACCAAAAGACCCCUCACUGAGAUGGGCCUCCAAGAGGUGAGCUCAGACCCUGGGGUGCAGGGCCGUGGGCCUGGACAGGAGUGUGGCCUUGGGGGCCCAGAGGGACUUGCUAAGUGUUUGCUGUCUCUAGUGGACCUGGAUGGAGGCAGACACUGGGUGUCCCUGUUCACCCACCCCACUGGCUGGCGUGCUCCCCCCUGGCUUGGAGACCUCCGGGACCUUGUCUCAGGGUGAGGCAGGGAGGGCAGAAGCCUGCAAGUCCAAGGUUGAAGCCCAGGCAGGCAGACAGCUGCAGACGCCCUCACCAGCCAGCCUGUGAACGAGAAUCCUGCCUCUUGCAAAGCAAGCUCUGGGCAGCAUGGCCUCGGUGGUUGGUCACAGGUUUGAAAUGCAGUUUGGCCUUUCCUUAGAAGAAGAGGGCAGCCGGAACCAGGGUUGGAUUGGUUUGAUUUUUUUCUGUUACAGUGCCUCUGCCGAAGCUUUCUGCAGGGUGAGGGGGGCAGUGCCUUAAGCCCCUCAGAAGCACGGGCUCCCAGGAAACCCCACAGUUCAGGGGUCCCUGUUUUCUCUGAGGAGUGGGAGCAUUUCCGUGGAUUGGGUGGUCUUGUCUCCACAAAGUCUCCAAAGUAGCCUUUGCUUGAAUUUGUUUUCCUUCCAGAGAGAAGGGUGUUUGCAUUUUCCUCGUUAGAUAAAUUGAAAGCAAAUGUUCAUUGCGUUGCCUUCACCCAGUGAACUAAGUUGGCCAGGUAGCAUGGUGGCUCUGGGGAGGAAGUCUAGUAGCCUUCGCGCUGUCCGGUGGGCCCUCCUGUGUGCGGUGUCAUCGCUCCAGGUUAGAAAUUGUGCUCCCGGACACGCUGCUGGAGCGGCCACAGCUCACAGCCAGCCCCUCCCUUCCUCUUGGGAUUGCCCCUCCUGAGCACCCACUGUGCGCCAGGCACUGUUGGAGGUGGGGGCGGGGGCGGGCCUGCCAGAGGCUCCUGUGGGCCUCGGGGAAGUGUACCUGGGCUCCAUGUGCUCAGUCAGCCGCUCCGCACUGGUGCUUCCUGCCCAGGCGUCUGCUCCCUGGGGACCGUCCCCCGGGUUUGCCUUCAUCCCUCCUGGGCGAGUCCGGGCUCACCUGCCCCUCUCACCCCAGCCGUGGUCUUAGCCCUCAAUGCUCCCUGUCCACGGGCUGCUGUGGCUGAGCCCACCCAGAGGUUGUCUGUGCCCCGUGGGUUGGCUGUCUUCCGUUCCUUUGCAGGCAGAGACAGCCCAGGUGUGAUGGCUUGUGUCCUGUCAGUGGCACAGGGACAGCAGGUAGGGCUGGGCCUCAUGGGAUUGAUCAAGCCCUGAUUAUAUAUAGCCAGCGCCGAGCUCAGUGCCAGAGUGACCGUGUAUUGCCCAGUUAGUGAGGGGACAUGUCACACAGAUAUUGUGAUAACUUAUGACAGGUCAUGUGGAGGGCCUCCCAGAGGACGGAUGCAGUAGGCCUUGGUCUCAUAGAGACUGCUGGCACCCUUCCUUGGGGCUGUCUCCCUAGCAGGCCCCCUUGGCAGCCCAAGAGGGUGAAGCAGGGAGUGGAAAGUUGGUGUGUGCUAUGGUCACCGGAGCUCUCUCCUCCUCCCUCCAGACAGGCAUAGCUGUGACCCUGUCAAGGUCAAGGAUUUCCCCUGGGCAGCAGAGUACCUAAAGCUUUGUUGUUGAGACAGGGCUGCAAACGCUCUUGCUUUUCUUAUAAAACCAGCCUUUGUCUGGCCUUCCCUCGUGGCAGGGGGCCCAGUGUCCUGAGUUCUGCUCCUUCUCUUUUUGAUAUUUCACCCCGACUGGCCACCCUAGGACUGACCAUCCCACUGUCUGGCGGCUGCCCAGAUGACGGUUGGUUUGGUGUGGGCCAGUGAAGGAGAGAACAGGGUUGGGUUGGUGUCCGUCUCCAGGUCCCCGCCACCCAGACUCGGUCUUUGAUUUUAAAGACUCAGGACGACAGGAAGGGGAGGCAGCAGCCUCAGCAGCAGCAGGUCCCCCCAGUCUCCAGCUGGCAGUCCAGGGUCAGGGACAGCCCCUCAGAAACGUCUGCGCCCUUCUCUGCACUCCUGGCUUCCCGUCGUGGGUUCUGUGCUGCCAAGGGGCCCCCACUUCACAGAUGUCUGCGCACUGACUUGGGGAGAGGCUGGGCCACUGGGGGUGUUGGAUGCACACGCCUUUAUCAGCCUACAAGACAGAUUAAGUUAUGAGAAUUCAGUGAUAGUAUUUAAUACUGAUCUAUGGAGUAUUCUAUAUUUAUGACUUCAGAGACUUAGGUACUAGCGGACACCCUCCCUCAGUGUCCAGCACCCAGUUCCAACCCCCGAGGGUGGGGUCGGUUUGCGUAUUUAUUUGUUCUGUAGGCUUACGUGUCCAGAAUCCUGUAAGGUUUUAGGAUUCCUUCAAUACAUUUUGAAAUAAAAAUAUUUCCUAGA